GGGGAUGAAUUAGAAGCAGGGGAGCUCAGGGAUGGGCCAGAGAUAGACGAGUCCAGCGGCGAUAGAGAAGCUGGAGAGCUCAGGGAUGAUGCAGAAGGCAGCGAACCCAAGGGCGAAACAGGAGUGGGAGAGUUAAGGGAUGAGGUCCAGGGCAGCGAGCUUAUACCUGAAGCAAUUGUCGAACAACCUACAGAUGGUGCAGAUGCUUGGCAAGAUUAUACGAUGGAUGCUUCAGUCCAAGAGGAUGCACUCCUUGUCGAAGACAAAGCAGACGAUAAUGAUUUCUUCGGGCCGCGAGAGAUUAUCGAAAUCAGUAGUGAUUCGGACGAUGAUGGUUUAGCAGAGCUGAGCGCACGUACUCAUGAUGACCAAGGACAUGAUCGAGAGCACGAGUAUCACGAGAACGAACCACAGAUGACGGAUGUACGGCGAGAUAUAAUCGACAGUGGCUCUGACUCUGAUCCCGACGACAUAUUCGGGGAUAGACAUGGACACUUCAGUGAAGAGGAGGGUGUGCAGUCGCACGGCACAGAGCCCGAGAUGUCAGAGCAUACAACUGAUGUCGGCACCGCGUCCAGCCCCGUAUCUUCGGGAUCCUCGGUGCCCGAAGAGAUCAUCAGCCCUGCUGUCCAACGACAAACCGAAGAUAUUCGUAGUGCCAGUGAACUCGCAAAUCAGUGGGCGGAGAGAAGGAGAGCUUCCGGCAAUUCAUACUCUAAGGCCUCCAGCUGGAAGGGCAAGAGAAAAGCCGACUCGUUGGGGUCGGACUCCAGUGACGAGGAAGAGGAGGAGGAGGAGGAGGAAGAAACUCGCAAGAAAAAGACCUCACGCCCCGCCAAACGUGCGAAGGCGAUCGUCUUAUAUGACACAAUGCUAGAGUGGUCUAAUAAACUGGCCAAGAUUUAUCGAAAGCGCAAAGCUGCAUCCGAGGAGGCCCAGGGAGGCCCAGUGCCGAUUAUUGAACAGAAAGAGCUGUUAGAUGUGCUGAAAGAACAACUCAGAGAUUCAUUCGUCCCGCCUUGCAAAACACAUAAAACAGGCAGCGUUAAGCUGCGACCCCGUGCAAGAAUGGGAGACGAGGAAAAUUGGAGAGGGGAUCUUGAAUUGCCUUGCCCAGCGGUUUUUCAACAAACGGUUCCACUUAUAAGCAGUUUGCUGUGCCGCUGCCGCUGCUGUUACUGUUCCGGAAAGAUCAUGAUAUUGUAACGUCAAUGUCCACACCGCAAUACAAACUAUAAAAAGUUCUAGGAAGUAUGGAGUGCUUGAUCUUGUUGAUGAAACUGAAACUGCUGUCCUCGUACAUGUUGAUUGCUGUACUUAUAUUCUGCUAUCGCAUUGCUGUCGUGUUUCCAAAAUUUGCACUAUACCCAAAAUAAUCUCUACGUUUGUUGUACUCUUGUUAUAUCCAGAAAUACAUAUUGAAAUGUCUAUUACUGGUCUAAUUUCUAGGUUACUUCCGUGUGCGUGGU